CCGACGAACAUGAGGAGCUCUUUUGAGAUGACAAUGAUGCUGGCCGUGACGGGGAUCACAAACUUCUGCAUGUUCCCCGCCAUCCACAGCCUCUACCGCCGGCAGUUCGUCUUUGAGGCAUUCAUCGGCAUGUUCACAAUGACCACCAGCUUCAUGUACCACGUGUGCGACAGUAUUGAUGGGUCGCUGUGGCUAACUGAAGGACAAUGGCAUCGGCUUGACAACAUCGGCGCCAUCAUGAGCUUCGUCAGCUGGAGUAUCCAUCUCAUGGACCUGGGGCAUCCGGUACUGGAGCGAUAUGUGCAGUACUUCUUUUUGGGAGUGGUGCUGGUCUUCCAAGAGAAAAAUCCGUGGGACGAACUUAACUCUGUAAUCCCCGUUGCUGGCAGCUUCGUGCUGUUACUCAUGACGUUCGCGAUGCGAAGGCGCGUGCCCAAGUACGACUACCAGCAAUUUAGAAGAGGGCUAAUGCUACUGGCAUGCGGAAUAUUGUGCUUCGUGCGCGGUCUGGACGACGACACCGACCCGUUUCGGUUUUUCCACGGCUGCUGGCACGGCUUCGUUGGGGCUGCCGCGUACUACAAUUUCAAAGUGUUGCCCGACCGGAAUGCCAAGCGAGGAUCGCACUUGCCCAUCAAAAGGCAAGAUUAAAUGUGCGUGUAAGAAUACCUAACGAAAUAGACUGUUAACAGAGACUUGUAAGACA